UUCCUAUCGGAAUGUGAUAUCUGAUGGUAAAACCCUGAUUUCAGUCUUUCUUUUCUAAAACACGGCACUGGGUUAAAAUUAAACAUAAAGUUUAGCUCAUAGUGACUGUCGGAUGUAGUGAUGUUUGUUAUGAAUAUGUCAGGUGUAGUUUCAGCGCCAGGUGACGUUACUUCAUCUUAACUUUUUUUUCAUGUAUGCCACAGAGUCUGGCGACGCUAAAAUUGUAGAGUGAGACAUCAUUAUUCAUCUUUUUAUGGUGUGUAAGUAAACGACUAUGAGCAAAGAGUCCAGAAUGAAGGCAGCCAUAAACCAGAAGUUGACAGAAAUGGGCGAACGAGAGAGGCUGAAGGAGCUGCUGAGGGCUAAGCUCACGGAGUGCGGAUGGAAAGACCAGAUGAAAGCUCAUUGCAAAGAAGUAAUCAAAGAAAAAGGCUUGGAGCACGUCACUGUGGAGGACCUGGUGGUGGAGAUCACCCCGAAAGGAAGAGCCUUGGUGCCAGACAGCGUCAAGAAAGAGCUUCUGCACAGAAUAAGAACCUUUUUAGCUCAACAUGCCACUUGAUUUUAACAUUUCUGUGGACCACUUGCCUAGACGGUCAUGAUACAGAAAAGUUCAAAUGGACUGAGUUACUUGAAUUUGAAAGAUUUUCUUUUAAUCUUGAAUUUUCAGUAACAUACUGGUACACACACACACUCUAUUAGCUGUUUGAUUUUGUGUUUUUACUAAUUCUUUUUACAAUUAUCACAUAUUUUUAAAUGCUGUUAAGCAUGCACAUGUAGUUGUCUUCUGUAUAUGAGAUAUGUCGUUCAAAUAAAGUGUUUUAUCUCUUUGG